AGGUGAUAGAGGGGUGGGCGAUGGAGGGGAGGGUGAUGUAGCGGUUGGAGGGAUUGGCGAUGGAGGGGUCCAAGUGCAGCAGGUCUUUCAGGUCAACAUCCACCUUCCCCUCCUCCAUCAAGUUCUCGCGCGGACGGACGCACAAGGGAGGAUACUGCUGAACGCGCCGGUCCGGGAGGGAUGACUGGUACUGGAGGAGUAUGGUGUACAGGUGGUGGAGAUUUUAGGGGAUUUUAAGUGGCGUUGGUAAAAAAUAAUAAACAGGAUGGUCUUGCGCCUUCUUCUUUGCCUUUCUCUCGUCCUCACUUGCUCGACACCUUCAUUCUUAUCUCUUUGUCGCCAUCCGAUUAUGUUCGCAAUGCACUACAUCCUCUUCCAACCGUUUCAAUGGCCGUCAUGUCUGAUGUCAACGACGCCGACCCGUAUAUGCUUCAACACAUCCAAACACACACAUCUGUUCAGCUUGAUGGCUAUAAAUCCGAUAGAGUGCAGAGGAACGGGGCAAGUGGUGAUGGGAGAGACAGAGGAUGGAACUGGUCAAGGAGAGGGAGAGGAAGGGGGAGUUAGGGGAAGUUGAAGGAGCCGAUGUGAUCAGUAGGGAGUCGGAAUUCACGCGCGAGCCAGG